AUGAUUGAGUUCUGAUUCAAAUCUUUUCUUUACUGCUCUUUUCAUGGUAUCAGAGCAAGGGAGAAUAGCUAGACGAUAAGUGUUUUACCCAAACUUUGACAACAAGAUCUUGUUGCAACCAUCAACUUAGAUAUGGCAGGGAACGAGUCAAAGAACCCCAAAGUUCCAAAGACUACAUAUCCCGAUUCACCACACUAUCUGCACCCAAGUGAUGAUCCUGAGAGGGUAUGGGUAGUGAACUCCUUGACAAGAGAAAAUUAUCAUACAUGGAAGAGAGCAUUGCAGAAUGCUCUCUACGCCAAAAAUAAGAUGGGCUUUGUAAAUGGAACACCAUCAAGAAGCCAUCUGCAGAUUCCACUGAGUUCCUUGCUUGGACUAGGUGUAAUUCCAUGGUUCUUUCAUGGAUACAAAACACUAUUUCUAAGGACUUGCUGGACAGUGUUGAAUACACCGAUAGUGUGAGCGAGGUAUGGAGUGACUUGCAAGAGCGAUUCUCACAAGGAAACACAUCCAGGGUGAAUGAGUUGAAGCUUGAAUUUGCUAUAAUCACCCAACGGACAAGAAUAGUUGCAGCGUACUUAACUAAGCUUAAGCCAAUUUGGGAUGAAUUGCAAGCCUAUGAACCUGUACCUAUCUGUACUUGUGGCUGCACUUGUGGAGCUACCAAGGAGUAUGUAAAGACUCGAGAGACAGAGAAGGUUCAUCAAUUUUUGAUUGGAUUGAAUGAGAACUUCUCAACCAUGCUUUCUCAAAUCCUAAAUAUGGAACUGUUGCCCACCUUAAAUAUGGUAUAUGUAAUGGCAACUAAGGAGGAAAAACAGGAAGCUGUUGCUCCAUCUAGAGGACCGAUUGUUGAGGCCACUACCCUAGUAGUGAGAACAGGUUCUAAUGGAAGGCAAAAUUCCAUUAGAAGGACUCGAUGUGAUCAUUGUAAAAAGUUGGGCCAUUCAAAGGAGAGAUGUUUUGAAAUUAUUGAAUAUCCCCCUAACUGGAAAUCUGGUGGUAUUAGGCCUAAAGGUAAAGUUGAUGGACAGAAAAGCAGUAAAGAACUCAUUUUUGCAACCAAUGUAAACCUUGAUUCGUCCAACAUAGAGGGCUCCUCAUAUCAAUCUCCUAUUGCCAGACUAAACAAGGAGCAGUAUGAUUAGCUCCUCAUGCUUCUCGAUGGUAAUACCAACACUAAUUGUUUUCCCAAAAAUCCUUAGCCGACCUUUACCACGUGAGUUGGGUUAUUAGGCGUGCCACUUACUUUGUUUAAAAAUAAGAAAACUAGAUUUCCAGA